CGGCCCUUUUAAAAGAACUAAAAAAAACGAUUCAUACAAAUUUUAUAUCGGCUUAAAUUUUAUUCCUUUCGGUUUAAUAGUUUAAGAACAACUCGUUUUAACAGCCCGGGAGGUUUCCAUGAAGGCGUUACAUCACAAUUUCGGGUCAACGAAGCCCACGUAUAUAUGACUACGUUUACGUUUCACAGUGAACUGCAUUUUUUAUAGAGAAAAAGCAGUUCAUUUUGAAAAGUUCCUUACAGUAACCUUCCAAUUUGUCUUUUUUUUUUUUAGAUUUUGUGGCUUAAUUUCCGAUACAGCUAUGUUUACAGCUUUCUGUUUUCUGCUGAGAGCGACUCUUGCAAUAGGAGGGUCAGCAUCAGAAGUCGCAGCCUUAUCAAUACUCAUAGGGAAAUUUCCCAACAAUGUUGGAGCAAUCACAGUACGUUAUUUGUGUUAUGAUAGCGGAACAAUUAGUUCAUUUGGUAAAGCACUAGUCUGAAUACCGUGAGGUCGAGGGUUCUAUCUCAUUAUAACUCUGGACAAAGAUGCUGCCUGACACCAACAAGACCUUUGCCUGUCUUGGAUGACAAAUCCGGUAGAGCUCGGCAGGGAAUAAAGCCAAUGUCCUAGAUAGCAAUACACGCUUUAAACAUGGGAAUAAGAGAGCAUUUUUCUCCCAAUCAUUUGUGCUAAGUAAAACAUGCAAAAGAAAAGCGAACACUGAUUGGCUCGUCUGACUGCCUGCGCCUACUUUGAUUGGCCGGAGUGACUCAGAUUUUGAGUUUCCGACGUAUGUUGUCAAAUGCAGAAGUACUGGAGACUGAGCCAAAAAGGGUGAAUGUUCAUGUUAAUAAAAACUCGUCCAAUUCCUUUUAUGCCGAGGAUAUCCUUUUGUUCUUAAAACUGGAGUUAAUAAGGCCCAUUUUCAAAGGCGUGAAAAAAAGAAAGAACUAUAAAGGGGGAAGGCUCGAAUCAUUAGCCUUUUCGUUUCCCUCUUUUUCAGUGUUUUUACGGUGAUAAAAUUGACUUUUCAAUCAAAUUAUUGGCUACUUUUCUCUCUACUCAACGUAGCGACACCGAAAUUGACUUGACACGUCAACCUGUUUAUUCCUUAUAACCUCUACGAUUUUCGUUUGGUUUCGCUUUCUUAGGGAGCCGGUGCGACAUCUUAUGGAGUUGGGCUUUCCAUUGGUCCGGCUUUAGGAGGAUUUCUUUACUCAGUAUGUAAACAGAGCAAGCUUUGUAAAUAUGAGUGCUUUUUCCAGUUGCUUUUAAAACGUGGUUCCAUUAUCAAAAAAAAAAAACCCAUUAGGGUAUGGUGGAUUUUCUGUCAUAGCUGUUUUGAUUUUACAAAACUUUGGAAACCACUACAUAAUUCAGCUAUAACAUAAAAUAAUCGGAUUUUACUGGUGGAAAAUUUUUUUUACGAAAUAAGCGCUUAAGUGGACCUUACUUUUUAUCGCGUUUAGUAAAAAAUGUUGCUGAUAUUUUUUUACUAAGAUUUAUGGUAUCGGCUUUUACUGAUACAAUAAAUGAUGCCACAUUAAUUUCAGAGAAAUCGUUGGUGCGGAAGUCCGUAACUAGAAAAUCCUUUGAAAUUUAGCUAUGAAAUUGAACGAGCCACCAAUUCGAUUUUUCUAGUUUUCUAAUGUUUGCUAAUUCUUGAAACUAAGCCGAUUAUCAAUCGUGCUAUUAUUUAAGAGGUAUUUGUACUCUUUAGUAUUAGGAGCACUAUAAAUUGCUCCAAGCCUUGCUCUGAAGCGAAUGACUUGUUCCUCAACAUUUUUGGGAUAUCUUCAACAGUUUUGACUGAAACGCCUGCUACAUACAUUUUUAUUACAAUGCAUCUUCAUCGGCUUUUUCUGCUGUGGGUUGCCGCAAAUCAGAAAAAUAGGUGCGUGUCCUCGCGUUAAGGAGUAAAUAGAAUGUCUCUGGGCCAAAUUUCAGAGCUCUUGCGUCUAAUUAAAGAAAGGAAAGUUAUUGCAAUUUUAAACUGAAGUGGCCGGAUACUGGGCAACAUACUGUACAGUGAAAUCUGUAUCAAGAAGACACCCACAGGUACUCACGCCAGAGUCUGCUUAACAAAAAUGCUUUCUAAGACAAGUUCGUUUUAAGAGUUCGUAACUUUUCGUGAUUUUAUAUAAUAGGCUGUUAGCCUUCUUGUACAGGAUGUUUGCUUAACAUGGGUUCUUCUUCGUACAGGUUUCUUCGUUGUAUUUGUUGGAAAUGUCAUCAUUGCGAUAUGAUGAAAUGUUCAUAUUUUAGGAAAAGGGAAAUUAUCCUUCUAAAACUCAGGUCACUUUUUACAGCAAUCAGUUGAAGGUCAGAUCUUUUAUAGUCUUAUUCUCACACACAGGUUGGUGGCUUUAUAGUUCCUUUUAUUGUGAUGGGUUGUGCUAUGAUUUUCACAACUCCAGGAGUUUUCCUGUUUUUACGAAGAACAGGUUAGUGAAGAAAACUCUAAUCUUCUUUAUUUUUCCUUUGAAGAAAUCUUUGGCCACCUAGCCACUGCCAAGCAGGCUCUUGGUCAGUGUAGACGAGGGAAAAAAACAAGCAUUUUCACGUCGUAGUCGUGCAAAACCGGAAAAGAAAUGUACAAAAAAGUGUGACGCACGUGCGAAGUUGUUGUUUUACUUAUUGAAUUGACCAAUUAUAGGGUUUACCAGGAGCUGGUAUACCGGAAUGAGGUCUUGAAAACAAUGCUUACAAGCUCCACUUACCCUUCUCUCGCCAGCUCCCCCACGGUUUUCGGGCGACUUUUCUCGAUGCGCUUUCCCUACUAUCUUAGAGCCUGGAACAGGCUACCCCUUAUCAAGAUUACGAAUGAAUAUUUUGAUGAAUUUUUAAGGUGGCUGAACACAGCUUAAUGUGCAUCUUAAGCUCUCUAACGAAAAAGAUUAAAGGACAAGCUGAGAAAAGCUCUAAUAGAAGAAAUGUCAGUAGAAAUUUCUUUUACAAAUAGCAUGAUCUCAGCGCUCAUUUGAGUUUUGAGCAUGCGUACUUAGGGAGUAAUGUAAGAGUAUCUUAAAAUCUACUCAUUACAUUUUUAUGAAAAUUGGCAGAAAUCCUUUUCAUAUCGUACUUCAGCCAAUGAAAGCUUCAAAAUGAAAGUUAAACGAGGAAGUUCUGCGACACAGUCAAGUUUUAUAGGAAAGAAGAUCAUCGCAGUUGUAGACGCAACUUUUGCAGUUACGAAAAGCUAAAAAAACAUUCAGGCUUGUACGGGAUUCGAACCCUUGACCUCUGCGAUACCAGGUGCAGCGCUCUACCAAAUGAUCUAACAAAACAACUGGAAGUUUCUUAUGAAAGCUACUUCCCUAAAAAUGUCAAAAACUAUCCGUUAUAAUGUAGCUUAAACGAGGGUCACUAAUUGUAAGCUGUGUGGAAAUUUAUCCGGAAAUCUUAAGACUGGAUUUUGCAUAAACGUACUAAAUUCAAAAAUUUACGCUUGUUUUCAGUGAUCAUCCAUGUUCCUAAGGCGACGAUCAAAAUUCCGCGUUUCAUCUAAUGAAUGUAAUAUCUUAUAAAUAUAUUUUGUCUGUGCAAAAUUUGGGCUUUACUAAUGAACGGUAACGAUCCACAAACUAAAGCCGCAAAGUUCGGAGAGCAAAAUGUUUCUAAACUUACCUUCGGAAAAUGUUUGGUUGAUUUAUUUAUUUGCGCUAGAAAUUUAACACAAGCUGAUUUCCACUGCUUUUUUUUGCUGAAUCUUGUCUUUUAAUGUAAAGCUAGUAGUAAACUAUUCGUGGAGUUCACUUGUGUUACCAUUUUACUCAGAAAAACAGACCGAUGAGAAAACAGCUGAGGAAUCAACCACCAUCUUCAGGGCAUUACGAAAUCCUGGUACAUUUACAUCUGGUAUGUACACAGAGUUGUUCUAAAUGUAAAUAUAACUAACAACAAUAGAUCUUAAAACAUUUAUGAUUAGUACAAGAUUUUUUUUUGCCAACCUCAAAGCGCUGUAAAGCAGGACAUAGCAAUCGAGAGACUUACUUCAACUCUUCAUUGAAAAUCGCUGUCUUUUGUUUCUAGCGCUUUCAUUUGUCGUCAGUGGUUGCUCUUUUGGAUAUAUAGAGCCCAUUUUUGAACCCUAUAUGAAACAGGUAAGCUUUUAUUAUUAUUAUUAUUAUUAUUAUUAUUAUUAUUAUUAUUAUUAUUAUCAUCAUCAUCAUCAUCAUCAUCAUCAUCAUCAUCAUUACUAUCAUCUAUUUUUUUAUCAUUAUUUACUUUCUGUCCUUUUGCUCGGUAAGUAAUCAAGUUGUUUCUUUCUAAUGUUUGUGCGAGCCAAUCAAAAGUCAAUCAAUCAAUCAAUCAAUUUGUUAAUGUCACAACGUUGGAUACGGUUGCCCCGAGUAUCCGAGCCGGAGGUGCCUGUAUAAAACGCAUGACAAUAAUAAUUGUUACUAACAAUACAAUACAUGACAAUAAUGUAAAAAGAUUAAAAAUUUAUAGAACAAAUUAACAAUUAAUGAAUGAGGCUGAGUAUCUUAUGAAGAAUUAUGGAGAUCGAGGAGGGUGUUAUCAUUGUUGUAGUUGUUGUUGUUGUCGUUUUUCGAAUCCUCGUGCUUGGAAUUAAAAUGUACCAGUCGAGGUCACCAUCGAGGGAAGAAAGAAAUAUAAUUCGGGAAAAUUGUUCCCAUAGAAACCGGCGGUCUCUCUGUCUUUAGACUGGUCUCAAACAAAUUGUACCAACGUGCCCAGUGUACAAAAGAGGAUACUACUUUUGGUUUGCAUUAUGUAAUAAAAUAAGGUUAACAGCGUCACUAAAUGCACACCGCUGAUGUAUUUUUGCUAUUGAAAGGUGCGUAGUUGUAAUAACUUAUCCUUUCAUGCCACAUGCAGCUGGGCGAAAGUACAGUCAACAUUGGGCUUAUGUUUUUGUUAUUUUCUGGGAUGUUCACUCUUUCUGCACCUGCAGUUGGCGUUAUUGUUGAUAAAACGGUGAGUUUCUGUUGUUGUUGUUGCUAUUUCUUUGAAAAAUUAUAAAAUAAAAACGUCGGUGGACAGGCUAACUAAGCGUACUCGUCUUAUUCACCUCCUUCUCUUGUUAACCCUAUUCAGGCUUUUUUUAGAAAAUUAAAACAAGCGGCAUUAUAUUUUACAAGCCCAGCAUAAACUGGCCAUUCAAUAUACUUUGUUGUUGUUGUUGUUGUUCAAUCAAAUCCUCGUGUUCUGACUGAAAAACAGCUAAAAUACUCUAUUUCCUCACACAGGAAUUAGACCCUGUUUACAUGGAGUGGGGGACCCCGGUCUAGUGAGGUAGGUUUCUUUUGUUUUGUGUCCCCCAGAGCGUGAAAACAAAAGAAACCAAACCCACUAGACCGGGGUCCCCCACUCCAUGUAAACAGGCAAUUAAUUAGUUUGUCAAACAAAAGGUGCCAAUCUCGAAGGAAUAAAUCAAAACAAAAGCAUUCACAACAAGUUUAGAAAAUGUUUUACAUAAAAACUAGUAUAAUAUUCUACCCUGGGUAUUGCAUGUUAUUCAUGAAAAGUAAAUAAGGUAUGGGGAAUCGCUCUGGCUUGGGACGAGCCCAAACCAGACGAAGAGCCUGGAGGAUGCGCUCCAAAAAGUUGCCCGGAUUCCUCGCGGGGUGGGAGGGCGGGUUGCUAGAUCUAAUCUAAAUGGCGGCCUAGAGUAGAGUGGAAGGGGUGGGCCCAACGGGGUCCUUUAUAUUGAUCAUUUACAUGUCCCCAGGGCAUAUUAUUAAUAUAUGCAAAUGACUUUGCAUAGUGGGCCCGAUCAGUUAACGGAAAAACACGCCUUCUCUCUAUCUCGACAAAUAUUUUUAAAUGAAAUGGAAUUGAAAGAGCAUUUGUCCGGCCUUUCGGGAAGAAACUAUUAAAACUUGUGUGCUUGAUUUUCGGUGCUUCAACUAGCAAUAACUGCACUAAACAUACUGAAGAUAAACCUUUGAUAAGUUUUUCCAGCUGACUCACACUAUGGAAAAAUACAAUUAAUCCUGGCCUGUUCAUUAUUACACUUUUUUAGUCUUGUUACUGAUUGAAAUCGUUCAGUUUAAUUCAAGCGCAUCUGAAACAGAAAGUGGUACCGCUAGUGACAAGAAAAAACAGUCGAAAAUUAAACACUAACAUACGAAAAAAAAACCUAAGUCAAUUUCAGCGAGUUACUACAGUGAGCCCUGAAGUGCGUUUGUGCACAUACCUUCAUUUCUCAUAUAAAUUCUUUUUAAUUUUUAUUAGAAGCGGUACCGAGGCUUCCUUAUUUUGGGCUUCACUAGUUUUGGUAUUGGAUAUCUUCUGCUCGGUCCUGCACCGUUUCUGACUUUUCUACCGCAAAGGUUUGUAACGACAUGAAGAAAAAGAAUACAGAUGGGGUAGAAUGCAAAUAAUUUGAAUGUUGGAAAUAUCUGAAUGGCGUAACUCUUCAUCAGUAAAGAAAAACAUUGAAAAAAAAAACAGUUUUGUAGUUGUUACAAAACCAGACAAAACAAGACAUUUUUGCCUUUUGACAGAUUUUUCAGUUUCUUUUCUAUAAACAAUAUUCUCUUUCAACCAAACAAAAUCGUGAACUUCAUGUUAUGCUGCUAGGUUACAAGAAGAAAACAAGGCUAAAUUCAGCAAGUAAAUACACACUGCCGGCUCCGCUGUAUGGCCAGUACCUCACGCAUGCGUACAGCCAUAUCACCCGAGCAGUGGCAGCCAUGGACAGCUGUUUCGCCAUUAUUAGGCUUCAUCAGCAUACUGCGGACUUGGCAGUGUGUGCUUACUGUCUGUAUUUAGUAUUGUUAUAUGAAAAAAGGCCUUUAAUUGAAGAGUUCUAGCUCCCCAUUUUUUAUGUUUUCACCGCAAUUUGAAAUUCUUUUGGAACAUAAAUGAUAUUUUAGAUUAAUUGCUAAUACUUAAUGGCUUCAGAUGCUAAAAAUAUACCAAUUUUAUAAUGGUGAUAUGUUUCCUCUGAAAAAUGUAGUAUAUUAGCCAGAUUAAAUGAUUAUAGAACAGGGUGGAUUUGAGUCCUUGUUGAAUUAGACAAUAUAUAAGUCGGCGGAGUCUAUUACAGAGUCCAACUGAAAUUCUAGCAAGUUUAUCUCACCAGCUGAGAUGUUCAGGCACCAUAGCCAGGAUUGGCGGUGGUGUUGCUUCCAUAUUAGAAAACUGUCAAUUCAAAUUGUAAAGCUAUCUCUCUUAUCGUGAAAUGUGUGUCGCUCUCACCAUAAUUGAUUCUCGAACUCUUGAUUUUCAGUUAAGGUUAUCAGUGAUGUGAAAGUGUCCUAGUUCCAGUUUAGACGGGUAAAUGGCGAUGGCCAAAAUCGAUAUGUAAUGUCAUUUGUAUUAAUAAAAUCUUUUCUAGCUUAGUGGAAGAGCAUCUGGAGAGAAAGAACCAGAAGGUUGUAGUUUCCAUCACACCUGGACCGAUUGAAACAAAAUAUUCUCAAGAAACAUCUUGUUUCUUUUUUCUUAAAUUUUACAGAAACGUGUUGUUGGUGUGUAUCAGCCUGGCUCUUUCUGGUCUCGCGGGAGGAAUUUCCUUUGCGCCAAUAAUGCCAGAUUUAAUAAGAAAGGCCAGGUACGCGUUUGUUUGCUAUUCCUGAUGAAAAUGAAAUAAAUGAAUGUGUUUUUUAUGUUUUAAAUAGGAUAAAUAAUUGGCUAGUAGACAUUAAAUUAGCAAUUGAUAUGACUAAGAAUUGGUACUGAUUGGCUUUAGAAAAAAAUGUCAAAAAUUAAGAAAGUUCCUAACAUCACCAUCAAUGAGAUUCCUGUAAAGCAGGUUUCCUCAGCAAAGUCACCGGAUCUAACCAUAGAUAAAAAGCUAGUACGAGUAUCACGGAAAAUAAGCAAAAAAUAAUGAAAGCUAAGAAUUAAUAUGAUUAAGGCAGAAUUCGUACUAAUUGGCUUUAAACAGAAAUUGUCAAAUGUCAAGAAAGUUCCUGAUAUCACUAUCAACUAUGAGAUCCCUGUUUAGCAGGUUACUUCUGCAACGUCACUUAGGCUAACCAUUCAUUAAAAUCUAACUAGGCAAAACCAUAAUUAUAAUCUUUAACUCAUAUCAAUUUGCAAACUCGAGCGAGUUGUUUUUCUCUGCACUUUGAACUGUGCAUUUUAUUUCUAAAAUACAACUCUUAGACCAGAUUAGUGUGAAUAUUCUCCAUUAUGGUCGCCAAGUUCUGUUGUACGAAAGGAAACAUUUAUUUCUAAAUCAAUUUUUCUCUACCGUACUUCAGGGAUAAAUGCUUGCUAACCUGAGUUAAAAUGGCAGUAAAAAUUGUUCAUUUAUGUUGUUUUUAAUUUAUAGGGAACGCGGAAUGCCUAACAAUUCAUCCACAAAUGCCGUUCUAUCGAGUAUUUUUGGGAGCAUGUUUUAUUUAGGGUAAGUUUUGCAUUUUGCCGACACUGUGGGUUUUUUAUUCAGCUUGACUUUGCACUUUACGUAAAUAUAGAAAAAAAUAUACAUUUUGUUGGCAAUGGAACGUGGUAACUCAGUCACGUGAUCAGCAGCUAUGGCAUAUCUCUUGUAACAAAUUGGAAUUAGAUAGAUAGAUAAUCAUUAUGUACAAAUAGCAAUAGCUGUAAAUUAAAUGUUAUAUAAAAGGCUUAUAAAAGUAAUUAGUAGUCGAGCAUAAUACAACAGUCAUCAGCUUCCUGUAAAGCCAAGUUGUGCCAGAUAAACCGUGUUAAACAUAGUCUUCUUUUUAAAAACGUCCUACAUUUAAAUUACACCUAAGCUUAUAUUAGCAACAAUAAAGCGUUCUUCAGUAUAAAGAAAGACUGACUUAUGUGUCCUUGGUAGACAAAUCAUUAUCUUUUUUUGUGUGUCAAACAAGGAUAAAAGAAUCCGACAACAAACAUUUGAGAAACGUACAAAACAGGCGUGGCAAAAGUCAAAAUGAAAAACAACAGAAUCUCGCAAACAAGCAAAAACAAGCAAAAAUUUCGAGUGAACAGUUCAUAAAAGCAAGAUUACAGUACUUACAGCGCCCUCGCUUGUUUCCAUUUCGGAAUGUUAGAAUGACACAAAAUUUUCUUAGGGGACUGGACUUGUAAAACUCCCCAGGGGACCAGGGCUCAGUCACUGGUCCACAACGGUGGAGGACACGGUCCACACUCUUUGAUUUUUGGCAGGCAACUCUACCACAUUCAUACUCCUCACGGUAAGUGUAACCGGAGUUACUUGCGAUUGAGCCUAGUUUCCCCCCUCCUUCUCAAGGUCCCCUCGUUGUUGCUUAUGCACUGUCCGACAGAAGAAUUUCCUAGCAGUAACGUUUUGUUUUUGGGGGACAAAAAGCAAAUACUUACUCAUGCUUAAAACAUCUCUUCAUAGCUUAUUCUUUUUCAUUUUUUCAGCAAAUUUACGAGCUAUAGAUCAUGGCGAAUAGAACUCUCUCCUUUGUUUCCUGACCUGUUUUCAAUUUAAGCCAACACGUUGCUUUUUCAAGGUUAUCCAAGUCUUCAACAUGUUUUCUUGUUAAUUUGUUAUUCACAGAGCAACUAUUGGGCCAAUUAUUGCCGGAGUUACUGACGAACACUUAGGUUUCCAGUGGUCAACAAGCGUAAGUUACAUUUUGACCAGUAAAUCUCGCUCGUCUCUC